AUGGAUCAAACUCCACGUAAAGAUCUAAUCAGUCUCUCUAACGGUGGUGCACACAUACCUCCUCCGAAAUCAACAGAAGUGGUCCUAGACGAAGACUCGUAUACCGAAGCAAUAAGUGAAAUCAUUAAGCGCGAUUACUUUCCCUCUCUUAAAACCUUAGAAGCGCAACAUGGUUACCUGGAUGCUUUAAGUACCAGAGAUCCCAUAUUACUUCGUGAUGCUACGAGGAAACUUGCCGAAAUAAAUACUCCCAUGAGAAAAACACCAGCGGCUACUCCAAUAAUAUUGAGGACGCCACGGGGAGGAGAAUGGGAUACUCCGGUAUCAACAAGAACAUCAACAUCGACUAGAAUUACAAGCGCCACACCACCCGAAAAGAAAUAUGACAUCAAUUUAUCGUUGGAUGCAUUUCAAGCGAAAUACACAAGUGAAGAUAAUGCUUCAUAUCCUUUAAUAAUGUGUGGACAGAUUUUGAAUUUCGAUUCAUAA